UGACCUUGAAGUCGAACAAGUCAGAUUUCGUUAGAUGGAGCCUCAGGUACUGCCUUUGCUAAAACUAACAUCGUUAGAUGGUCCUCCUAAAUUCCUACUGACUCUUCAAUCUGCUGGAAAGUUCGUUAAAAAGUUAAGAGAGACAGAGGCGAAUGUAGUUGACUCGCAGGCUAAUCGUUCCGGUUCUGAGGAAGAGCACAGAGCACUGCAGGCUGGGCUGCUGUAUUUGGCACUCACUGAGCCGGAUCCAAGGCACUCAUUCUGCACGGAUAUUGUAUUGACAUCUCGCGACAAUUUAACCUACGUCCUGUCAGAGUUAACUCGCUUGGUGGCAGAGACAUGGCCGAAAAUGACUAAUACUGUUCGGUCCAACGCUAUAUCUUUGUUAGGUGAACUUAUAUCAACGAGGACUGCAAGUGUCGAGGUCUUAAUGCUGCAUCUUUACCGACGAAUGACAACUGGUGAUAUCAGUCCACCAAACCUCUGGCUCGUAGAUGUUAUGGUAGACCUUCUGGAGAAAAACAAAGAGUGGCUAAGCAGUUUAGAUCGACAGCCGUUUUUGCUUCCCCUAACUGUAUAUACACUGCUUAGGCUAAUUCCAGAUCACAGUUCUACUGCUCAACCACCAGCAGCAGUGUCUCCCAUUCCAUCUGUCCUUUUACCCAAGCUCCGACAGAAGGAAUUAAGUUUGGUUGAAGAACUUAUUCGCAAAAACUUUGACCGCUGCGCCCAAAUUGGUCGAGACUUUAUUCGUCUUUUACAUGGUGCUGCGCGACUAGAACCCAUAAAGCGUUUGUGGGAUGAUAUCCUACAAAACAUUUCAUCUCUGUCUUCUUGUUUUUCAAAUCUUUCUGAAAUAUUGGAAAUCACAACGCCUCAGUGUUUCACUCAAACUCUUAUUCCACAUGAAAUGGAACAAUGGGUUCGUUGGAUGAUGAAGAAUGUUCACUGUGUGCCAAGAGUGCCUGUUCACCGGUAUCAGGACUUUUUCCAGCGAAAAUUUUUCGCAACUCCAGAAAGUCAGAGCCUUCGCGUAUGUCUUCUUCGAUACGUAGUGACUUACUUCUAUCCGGACAAUGAAAUGUUAGCUUCAACAUUAAUACCCCGAUGGAAUGUAGUUUCUUGGAUUCUAUCACAGUCUACGUGUCCUGUAGCUACUGCUAACGCCAAACUGGCUCUUUUCUAUGAUUGGCUGUUCUUUAAACCUAAUGACUGCAUAAUGAAUUUAGAACCUGCUUUAUUGGCUAUUAUGAAUCAUCUCAACCCACGUUCCCAAUUGAUCGCAUUUUCACUGGUUGAUUUUUUAAUCAAGAUUGUUGGAACUUAUCACCCACCUAUGGUCGAAAGAAUCGUUUUAGGCGUCCGUGCUGGUUUAGAAGAAAUGAUCCGUUUGGGUGUUGUUAAAAGCAUUGCUCCACUUUUCGAAUUUCUGCACCGUUCUUCUUCUACGGAUUUGCUGCGGUCGCUACGUGUUUUAUUGGGUCUUGAUCCUCCUAGUACCUUGCCGAAUACAGUAGUCUCACCAGUUGACAGCCCUAAUCGCAUACUCCCUGAGAAGUGGGUCGGACCAGGUGAUAUGCCGACGGUGAAUACGAAUUCAAGUCCUGUUACAAGCAGUACAAUUGUGUCUCGUAAUCAAAAUACCACACCUUUACCAAACUCAAAACCUUUGUCCUCUGUGUUGACAACAGAUAGUGGACCACCAACAGAUCCUCGUCUGACACGAGGUCAUGCUGCCAUUAUUGCUGGAGUUGUUCCACCAAGUGUGAGUUCCGUGGCGACUGAAAAUGUAAUCAAACCUGUUUUGACAGCAUCCGAAUCACCUCCAAUACUUCAAACAAGUGUACCGAUGGCACAACAACAAAACCCAAGCCUACUGAUCCCAUCACAAGAUGACGUAAAAGCCCCAAUUAUUCCUGUUCGUAGCACACUACCCUUAUUACCAACCUUACCUCGCAGUUCUCAACAGUUGGCAGAAGCCCAGAUAACAGAUGAUGAUAUGGAUAUUAUGGAGAUAGAUAUAUUGGACAGUAAACCAGCACCCACAAGAACCGCCACCUGGAGUCCUCCCCCAAUCGAAAGUCGGCAUGUAAUCAAGAAAUCUUCUGAUCAUGAACCAGAUACACCAGAUUCCUUAGAGUUUAAGAUCGAUAAUCUUCGACGUCGGUUUCAAGAUUACCAGUUGAGAUUUCAUUAUUUUGUGGAAUCUGUUGAUGUUAAUUCCCUGAUUAAACAACUUGAUGGACCAAUACGUGCUGCUUUGGAGCAAUUCCGUGAUGUAGCCAAACAUGUUGGUUUGAUACGUAAUUCUUCAAUUGGUUUAUGCGCUUCACAGACAUUGGAGGAUUUGGACAAUGGUUCACAUGAUGAAGAGCAAAAGUCCUCUGUGUUUCUGCGUUCUCCGUCUGUGCUCAAUGAUUUGUGUGAGUCAAUGGAGGGUUUAAUUCAAGCAGUACUUGUUGAAGAUAGCUUUGAUGAUUUGGAAAUUGCUGGCAGGACUGCAGCUGUUGUAUGCGAAUUGUUGUUUUGUCUGUUUGCUCAACGACUUAUGCCUAUUGGAGUUGAAUGGUCUGAGGAACACCUGGAAGAUUGUUUGGCAUUCCCCAUAUUUGUUCCAUUUCGUCAUCUUUUGCAAAUGAGUCCCGGUGAUCCUAAACGUGAAUUACUCUUAUUAUUGUUAACAGAAAUGCAAAGCCGACAACCUAGACUUGGUUAUCACUUGCUAUUUUUUCUUAAAAUCAGCAAGUUAAAUGAUGAGAAAAUGUCAAUUUAUCGUAAUUUUUGUGCAAGUCAAGAGAAUCCCAAUUUACGAGAUUCUUUAUUUAAGGACAUGCAAUUACUUUCGGAUGAUAAUCGUCGUUUGUUCGCUUAUCUGCUUCCAGAUGUAUUCACUGUAUUUUCAUCUGAAUUAUCUGAUGAUACUGAAUUUCUUCAACUGAUUGUUGCUACAAUUGAUCCAGGAAUGUGUAAUUCUCUUAUAAGUGAAAUAGUUCGUGGUCAUUUGAAUCUUUUUCCAAAUAAUGAUUUGACAAGUAUUUUAAAUGCCAGUCUCGAGUGGAAUUCUAUCGAACAGCUGUUUUUCUGGCAAUUAAUUAAUGCUCAUGAAAUUCCAACCAGUCGAUUUUUACCACUAAUUCGUUCAGUCGAUUCAUUGAAACACCCUGAAGCAUGUUCCAAUCUGAUUCUUCUCUUGAAAUUGGAAAAGCCUAGUUUUGAGUUAGUUCGUGCCUUGUUAUCUCGUCGUAGUGCUAAUGAUUUAUUAUCGAUGACAGCAUUACAUUUCUGGAGUUGUCCAGAUAAUCAACAUUCUGGCCGUUUUUCAAACAUCUUGUGUUCCUUGAUCAGUACGCCUUUAGCAUCAGUUAAAGAUUCAAAUUCCGUUAGUGGCGGCACUUCAACUAAUAGUGGGCAAAAUAUGAAAGAGUGUAAAGAAAGGCGUCGUAGCAGUACCUCAAAAAAUCAACUGUCACCGGAGAAUUGUGUAGAUCUUUCACUUAUUCUUACUCACUUGGAUUCUCUUCGAAGAAAUUGUAAAAAUAUCUCGUUAUUUCAAGACGACGAUAUACAGUCUUCCCUCCAGUCGUUGGCAGUUUCACCGAAAUUAUCUCCGAACCUCAAAGAUCGUUUUUCAGAUUUAUUAGCACUAGUUGAAGAUCUUCCUUCAACACAAAGUGGUUACCAGUCAAAAGGUAAAGAUUCUCUGUCAAACUCUGCUAACACAUCUGGUCUUAUGAAUGGCGAUGUGUAUACAGGUGCAGGUCAAGUAAAGAAAGGCACAACAAACAGGCUGAAGCCUACUGGUAAGGGUGGUCAUAGCCUUCGAAAUUUGGAUUCACGUCGGGCAGCUGAAGCGGAAAGACGACAGGGUUGUACAAAUUCAAAUAAUAGUAGUAAUAGUUCAACUUCAUCAAAACGCCAAAAUCCAUCCGAGACUCAAAUGAACACUUUUGAUGGCGAUUCUGAUUGUAAUGAAGUCAUAUCCCUGACUAGUGAUUCAUCGUCUUGUUCAUCUGAAGACGAAAAUGAAUCAGCCAGAAGUAAGAAAACAAGAAGUGGAACAACUCGAUCUACAAACAAAUCAAAGUCACGUGGGGUGAAACGUACUAAUUCAGAAAUGGUGAAAGAUCGAAAACCAGUAAGUAAACGUUCAGCAACUGCAACCCGUCAAGAGUUGAAUGAAGAAUGUACUAAAACUGAGGAGGAUGAUGAUGAUGAUGACGACGACGAAGAAUACGAAGAUCGUGCACUACAGGUGGUAGUAGUUGAUGAGGAAAGCGGUGAUGAAUCCAACGCUCCCAAAACUACCUCACGGGGUAACAACAAUAAUAAUAAUAACUCUAAUAAUGAGAACGAUGAUGUCGAUGAUGAUUGUAGAAUUCGACCAUCUAAGCGCCGUAAAACAGCAAUUAAACGCUUUAUGUUAGAUGACUAAAUAUAUGAGUUGGAUUUUCUUGUAUUUUGUACAUAUUGUAUUGUAAUUGCUUUUUUCACAAUAUUUUUUUAUGCUGUUAUUUAUGGUAAAAAUCAAAUGCCUCCUGAAAUUUUCUUGUACAUAAAAAUUGUACAGCUUAUGAGUUACUUUCUUAAUAUUCCCCUUUUUUUCUAUUUUUAAACACCUAGUUACCUUCAGAACUGAUUGUCCCUUCUGAAGGGUAUUUAUAUUACACAAGAAAAAGUUUCUUUUGUUUUUUUAUCAAAAUUUUUGUUGAUGAAAAACAGCUUAAUAUUUGUAGAAUAAAAUAAUUUCUGAAGUACUUCUGGUUUAUUGAUUUAUUUCAGUUGGUUAGCAUUAACUGUUUUUAAAAUUUGAUACAUUUAUUCCCCUUAAUGAAUAUGAACAAAGCAAGAACUACAGUUUUCUCAGAAUAAAGUGGUACCAUCAUUU